AUGGGGCACAGGGAGGGAAGCCGGAGGGCGGAUGAGAACCGUUUAGUUCCAAACUCGGGGAGGGGAGAAAGUGAGGGGGCCAACCGAGGCAAGCCCGUAAGGAGAGAGACCGGCAGGGCAGAGCCCUCCCCCACCCUCCGUGGGCAGCACGCGCCGUGGACGGCGGCUCUGAGCUGCUCUGCGCAGAGCUCUGGCCCGGCCAGCGCGCUUCCCCGACGGACAGGCGGACUGACGGACGGACCGGCCCCCCCUCCCUCCCUCCGCCACGCACAGCCUCGUCCAGCGCCGCGGCCGCCGUGUCCGUGGGCUGCGCAGCCCCGCCGCUGCGUGCAGGAGCGCGGCCCCCCCUCCCUGCCCAUCUCCGCCUCCCCCUGCUCCCCGAUCUGCCCCGGGCCGCAGUGCUCCGCCUCUGAGCCUCCUCCCCGUCCGCACGCGGCCAUCGGCCGGAGGAAGGGGAAAGGGCCAGGCCCGGCAGCCACCUGGCUCCUAGCGGGCGGAAGGAGAGCGGACACUGAUUCCCUGGCCCGUUUGGGCGCGGAGCAGGGAAUCCCCAUCCUCUCCUCUGCGGCGCAGGGGACCCCCGGGGGCAGGCACCCAUCGGCGUCCGCACGCACAGGUUGUGCGGUCCUGCCUGACAGACACUGCCUGUACUACUUCGUGGGCACAGCUCCGUUCUCCGGAAGAUCGCUGGCUGGGCCAACAAGUAAGUCUCCUGGAAAAUAUUUGUCUGGUAUCCAUAAGGUACAAAUUAUCUUUACAGAAUUUUAUGUUGUCUUUUUUUUAACUAAAAACCAGGUCUAUGUAUGUAGCAACAAUAUUCAAGCUCGACAUCAGGUUAUUGAACUGGCUCGUCAACUGAACUUCAUUCCUAUUGACUUGGGAUCAUUAUCGUCGGCCAGAGAGAUUGAGAACUUACCCUUGCGACUAUUCACUCUGUGGAGAGGACCGGUAGUAGUAGCAAUAAGUCUGGCCACUUUUUUCUUCCUUUAUUCCUUUGUCAGAGACGUGAUCCAUCCAUACGCCAGAAACCAGCAGAGUGACUUCUACAAGAUUCCUAUUGAAAUUGUGAACAAGACGCUACCCAUUGUAGCCAUCACUUUGCUCUCUCUGGUUUACCUAGCAGGCCUCCUGGCUGCUGCUUAUCAGCUAUAUUAUGGCACCAAAUAUAGACGAUUUCCUCCAUGGCUAGAGACUUGGUUACAGUGCAGAAAACAGCUUGGGUUACUGAGCUUUUUCUUUGCUGCUGUCCAUGUUGCUUAUAGCCUCUGUUUACCAAUGAGAAGAUCAGAGCGAUACUUAUUUCUCAACAUGGCUUAUCAGCAGGUUCAUGCAAAUAUUGAAAACUCCUGGAAUGAAGAAGAAGUGUGGAGAAUUGAAAUGUAUAUCUCUUUUGGAAUAAUGAGUCUUGGCUUACUUUCAUUAUUAGCAGUAACUUCUAUCCCUUCAGUGAGCAAUGCCUUAAAUUGGAGAGAGUUCAGCUUUAUCCAGUCUACACUUGGCUAUGUGGCUCUACUCAUCAGUACUUUCCAUGUUCUAAUUUAUGGGUGGAAGAGAGCUUUUGAAGAAGAGUACUACAGGUUCUAUACACCACCAAAUUUUGUUCUUGCACUUGUUUUGCCCUCUAUUGUCAUUCUGGGGAAAAUCAUUUUACUCUUUCCAUGUAUAAGCAGGAAAUUGAAAAGAAUUAAAAAAGGCUGGGAAAAGAGCCAAUUUAUAGAAGUAGCCAGUGGAAUAAUUCCACAUCUUUCACCAGAAAGGGUUACAGUAAUGUGAUGCUAACUGGUACUAUAUAGUGUCAUACAGAAUUAUACUUGAGUUUCUAGUAUAACCUCUCUUUUCAGAAGUUUAUCUAACUGGACUACAAAACUUGUGAGAUUUAAUCAGGAAGGUCAAUUGAUACUAGUUAUUUUUAAAUUAAUUUUCAUAAAGCCAUGUUAGGCAAUUUGGAAUUUUUUAGGGAGUCAACCUUAUUUGUCAGAAUUUUAAGUGCUCUUUUGCAUAGCUGUAAUCGCUAUUACUGUUGCUUUGUCAAAUCUCUAUUUGUAAUCCAAGCUAUAUGCUAUUUACAUCUAGUAUUGCCAAUAUAUUUAUCAGUGUUUCCAAAAAUAUCCUUUUUUCAAGCAACUAGCAUAUAAAAUUUUUAACAUAGCUCAUUAUACAUGUACAUUUUAUUUCCAACACAAUAAAAAUUGUUCAUUAUAAAGCAUCUGUGAUUAGAAUUUAAAAUUACACAUGGGAACAAAACUUAAUUGGUUUACAAAAAAAAGAAAUGUUACAUGGAAACUGGACAAAGUUGUGUGGUAACUAUCUAAUGCUCACCAACACCACACUAGUACAUUUAAGAAACAUACAUAUGUGGAUCUAAUAAUUCCUUCUAAAAGAAAAAUUAAGCAAUUCCAUGAAAACAUACUUUAAGGAUGUGGAUUGACAAAAUAUUUACAUAUGGAUUUAAGUACUAUAAUCAUGUAAUAAAAAUAUUCACCUCAUGAGUAUAUUAAUUCCGUUCACAAUAUAACAAUGACUUUGGGAUAUUAAUAAGACUAGAGAGAGGUCUCGGCAAUAUUCUACCUCCAUAACUGAACAUCUUUAACAAAACCAGGAUGAGGCUGUAGAAGAGGUUUGAAGCUAAUGUCCUUUUUGUUCACUCAACACAUGGGAUUUGACCUAACAUAAAAUAAAUGAUAUUAUACAACAUAAAGUUGCUUUGUCAUAAAAAAAUUGUUACCUGUUUUCCACAGUCAGCAUCAACAAAAAUCCCCCCCCUUUUUUUUUUCACCUUAGCUCAAAGUGAUACAGUAAUUACAGGACUAAAAUCCUAGAAACCUACAGUAGCUUUGGCAGUAGGCUGCCUCAAAAAUGAGGAGAAAGCAGGUUUUAUUGAACCUGGAAACUGUCAGGUAACCUGCCAUGAUAGCGGUUUUCUUAUAUUAAUUUGUGAAGAAAGUCAGCCUGACAAUGACAAUUUGAACAGCCCAUGUAACUUCCCCAAUCUAGUAAGUCCCUGGACCAAGGACAAGGCCUCCCAUUAACAGUCUCUUCCAAAAGGCUACCUUAAGAUGGUAACCCAAGAAGUAUCAUUCCUCUUUUUCCCAAGCCUUUGAAAAUCCUUGCAAAAUCCAGGCAUUCAUCCAUGAAGUUUACAUGUAUGUAAAAGAUACACAUAUUAUUAAUGUGCUGGCUUUAGAAGCUCCAUUAUUUCCAAAAUCAAUUUCAGUUUUGAUUUUCUAUUACACUGAUUUGUUCCAAAACUUAAUUAAUGUCUUAUUUUCUAUGUUUCCUCCACUCCUAAUGAAAAGGAAGAUUAAGGUUACUGCUAGUAGAUCCUGUGUGGAUUUUCAAAGUAUGGUCUUACAAUUAAUUAAUUACUGAGAAAUUGUUCAGUAUUAGAUUUGAAAUAACUCUUCCUAAUGCCAAUUUCCCAAUUACCAAUUGUAUGUAUAUUUGGUAAAUUAUUACUAUAUUGUCUUUUCUUCCUUUUUGAGUUUUUGUGCCCCCCUAUUAUAAUGGAGCUCCUACAGAACAUUGCUUAGUGUAGUGCUUUGCACAUGAUAAAUGGUUUAUUAUCGAUGCCUGUUCAUUCAUCCAUAACGUCCAUCAAUCCAUCCUUGGUGAAUUUUGUUUUCUAAUAGAUCUUCAUUUUAUUUUUAAGUUUUUUUUUUCAUUCUCCCCUCUUGGUAGUUAUUUAUUACCUCAUAAUGUGUGAAAAAUCCUGAAGGCAAAAAAAAACUUAAGGAUUGAUUAUGUUAGAAUAACAAAAGUUUCAAAUAAUUGCAUUUGUUCAUUCCGUAUGCUCUUUAUCAUUAAAAUCCUAAUAGGAGCCAAGUUUCCUUGCCUCGGAACCCAAAUCCUGUAGUUCUUAAUGGAAUGUUAAAAUACCAAGUGGCUAAUAGUACAGAUAGAUUCAUCACUAAUAGACAAUAAUGAAGUCUUCUUAGAUUUUUUUUUAACCUAUUGAGGAAAAAAAAAUAAAAGAAAUAAGUUUUGCACAAUUAUCUGCUGUGUUGCAUAUACAAAGCAAAAAGAGUAUGGUAUUACAAUAAGAGUGUAUUAUUCACAACACAAUAUUAUAAAUUAUAUCUAAAAGUAAUUUUAUAGAGCUUUAAUAUUUUCUACUAAUUAGAUUGUUUUCAUAAUUUUCCACUGUUCUCAAAAAGAAUAUUAAAUUUUACCAUUACCAUGUUGCCAGAUUAAUAGAAAUACAGCUGUUAUGACCUAAUUAUGAUGUUAGCUUGAACAUAGUUGAUACUAUUUUCCUCUAAUCUGGCUGACAUAAAACCUGAGCAAAGUCCCUAACUGUGAAGAUGCUCAAUUAGUAAAAAGAAUAGCAAUGCAAGUGAGUAGUAAUAAUAAAAAUAAAACAUCUUUUAUUUUAAUUUCAGAGUUUUAAAUUUUUUGAGUUUAUAUUAACAAUAAUUUUACCUAAGUAUUUUUCAGUGAACAGCAAUACUUGUUUUCUGUUCAAAAAGCUGUCAUUUUAGGCAUGCAAAAUAGGCCAUAUUUGGCAGUAGCUUCUGUUUGACCUAAGAGAAUACAAAGUAAUGGAAACUGAGCAGUGGAGACUCUGGCCAUUGAUCUGUAUUUUGUAGCAUAUCCCUAGACCUGAACCAAAAUAGAACACUGAGAAAUCAUUCCUAUGCAAUAAGUAAUUUUAUUUUAAAAGGAAAAUAAUCGUGAUAUAUCAUGCUGCUUAACCUCUGUGUUUGAAGAUUUCUUAAUUCUUUCAAUAUUUAGAACCAUGUUGAAUAGACUAUAUUAAUAUGCUAUCAUAUAUUUUUCAAAGUAUGUCUGGAAAUUAAGUCUUUUGGUUAACUGUAAAAAUUUUUUAUUUAAAAUAGGAAUAGAUUAUAUUUGUAGGUAUUUAUCAAAUAUAAUUAUUUUGUGCUACAUAUGGGAUUUUGUAAUGAGUUCCAUUGUUAAGAUACAUAAUUAACUUCUUACAAAUUAACCUAUCAACUUAAAUUUUUAUGUUAAAGAUUAUAUUUAAUAAUAUUCACUUAAUGCCUAAAGUAAAAUCUUACUUUCACCAUAAUCAAGAUAAUGAAAUUUUUUUGUGCACAAGGGCUGCAGGAAUGUAGGCCAUAUAUUGUUUUAUGUAUCAGUCAUACUUUUUAUUGGUUAUACAUUUUAUGUAAUAUAAAAACUGCCUUUUCCUUUAUAUUGCAUUUUUCCAUGAAAAUAAAGAAUUGCCUGCAGAAUGCAAAACUGCAAGCAUCCUGUCAAACGAUACAGAUUUCUAUGCAUAUAUUCAUUUAAAAAGAGGCUGUGUGGCCUAGUGGAAAGACAGGGAUGAACACGGGUUCAAGCCUGACCUCUGACACUUACUAGCUGUGGAAUCCCAGGCAGCCAGGCCACCUAAAUCUCAGGCUGUGAGUUCUACAACGGUUGUAGCCAGGCAGUGGGAAAGGCAGUGCCUCCUACUGCUGAAAUCACAGUCUGGAUGCUCUCUCCAUUCCCUCCCUUCCCCCUUCUCUCCUCUCCCAAUCAAACUGAAAAAACAUGUUUUUGUUUUUUGUUAGGGCAAUGAAAAUAUUGUUUUUCUUAUGGCAUUUUAACUGAAGUGCCAUAAAUGCAAUCCAUAUGUGUUUCAGAAUAAACGUUGAGUUAAUUGCAAUCCAUAUGUGUUUCAGAAUAAACAUUGAGUUAAUUCUAUCUGUAUCCAGUCUAAAAUCUCUGCUUUUGAAAUGUGAAUUUUAAAACUUGUAAAUGUCUUGAGUUUGCAGCAAUGUUAUCUAUAUACAAUAUGUUACAAAAUUCAAUUGAACGUUUGUAUUUAUGACAUACCAACAUAAAUUUUAAAGCCAUUUUCAUUUGUUCACAAAUUGAAAAAGAAACCUGAUAUAUGCUUAAUGGUUAUAAAUAUAACAACAAUUUUCAUGGAGAUAUGUCUGCAUGCUGGAAUAGUAAUAUUCAUAGGGCAGGUAAUUAAGUAUUGAAAUUUUUCUCAAAAAUAAGAGUACUUUAAAAUAUAUAUUAAUAAGAAAAUGAAAAUACACAUCUUAAAUAUGACAGUGUGACAAUAAAAACCAACACUCAAGUUAAUCGAGCAGAGUUAAUAUAAACAAAUUUUAUUUGUUGAGCAGCUGUUAUAAAGAGUCAGACCUGUUUAACAAUCCUGAACAAAAAGGCUGACACUUAUUUUUUCAUUUUCCAGCUCUGUGUGUACAUUAUUUAGACAAAGCCAAAAUUAAUACCUAAUCUGUAAAUCACCCAAAGGAAAUUUUCAUAGCUGUACUAAAUGAUACUGCAGAAGCAGACGAGCUAUAUUGUUUUAUAAAAUGUUUUUUCAAAGAUGUUAUCUUCAAAGCAGUCUAUUCCUGACUUUGUAAUAUUCUCUUUAAAUACAAUGUGUUACUCCUGCAGACAACCAGUAGUACUGUGUCAUAACAUGAUACUGCAAGAAUGAACUGGACUGCAAUAAUUCUUACUUUUAAAAGCCAAUACUUUGAUGCGGUAACGUGUGAUUUGCAAAAGAAUUGAUUUUUUAGUUAAUUAUAUGCUGUUUCCAUUCCUCAUAUAGUCUGACAUUGGGCUGUUUGUCUGUUGUGGAUGUAUUAUUUAUUUCUUCGUAUGUAACUAAUAUUUCGUGACAUUCUCUGGUUCCUCUUGUCAUCUCUUUAAAUAGAGAUAUCAAAGUAAAAGUAGUGCUUUUAUAUUAUUUCCAUAGCUAUGCCUUACAUGAAACUGAAUAAAAAGUAACAAACCAAA